CCUGCCGGGCCAGCUGAGCAACUUUCCUCGGAGUGCUGCCUGCCGACCGGGCGGCUAAAACACCAGCAGGCAAGAGGCAGAACCGCAGCCCGUUCUGGGGACCCUGCCGCCACCCUUCCAAGGGGUCUGCGCCUCCUGGGAGAGGGUGGGCAUCUCCAGGACGCGAGUCCAUGGUGGAUGGCUCUGGGGACGCUCCCGAGGCUGUGCUGUCUCCCUGCCGAACGGGUCGGAAGGUCACUGCAGAGGCUGCUCACGGUCCCGGGGCUGGGGCCAAGGGAGCCUGCACCAGAGACCCAUGUGGAACCCAAGGAUGCAGCCGCCCUGCUGAGAGCACGGCGGCCCAUCUCUGGAGACCGUGACCUCGAGACGGUGGCCCUCGGCCCUUCACCUCCGGCUGGGGCGGGGGCCGCCCAUCUCCAAGUCCCCAGCCAUGACGACCUCCGCACUGCGGCGCCAGGUCAAGAACAUCGUGCACAACUACUCGGAGGCAGAGAUCAAGGUGCGCGAGGCCACCAGCAAUGACCCGUGGGGCCCGCCCAGCUCGCUCAUGUCGGAGAUCGCCGACCUGACCUUCAACACAGUGGCCUUCGCAGAGGUCAUGGGCAUGCUGUGGCGGCGGCUCAACGACAGCGGCAAGAACUGGCGGCACGUGUACAAGGCGCUGACGCUGCUGGACUACCUGCUCAAGACAGGCUCUGAGCGGGUGGCUCACCAGUGUCGGGAGAACCUCUACACCAUCCAGACGCUCAAGGACUUCCAGUACAUCGACCGGGACGGCAAGGACCAGGGCGUCAACGUGCGUGAGAAGGUCAAGCAGGUGAUGGCCUUGCUCAAGGACGAGGAGCGCCUCCGGCAGGAGCGGACCCACGCCCUCAAGACCAAGGAGCGCAUGGCACUGGAGGGCACGGGCAUCGGCAGCGGGCAGCUGGGCCUCGGGCGCUCUCGCGGUUCCCCGUCCUCCUACAACUCCUCCUCCUCAUCCCCCCGCUAUACCUCGGACUUGGAGCAGGCCCGGCCCCAGACGUCAGGAGAAGAGGAGCUGCAGCUGCAGCUGGCCUUGGCCAUGAGCCGGGAGGAGGCUGAGAAGCCGGUACCCCCAGCAUCCCACAGGGAUGAGGAUCUACAGCUGCAGCUGGCUCUGCGUCUGAGCCGGCAGGAGCAUGAGAAGGAGGUGAGGUCCUGGCGGGGAGAGGACUCCCCUGUGGCCAAUGGUGCUGGGGCCCUGGUCCGCCAUUGGCAAGACAAAGAGCCGGAGAGAGAAGAGAGAAAGGAGGAGGAGAAGCUGAAAACCAGCCAGUCCUCCAUCCUGGACUUGGCAGACAUCUUCGCACCCACCCCGGCCCCGCCCUCCACCCACUGCUCCGCUGACCCAUGGGACAUCCCAGGUCUCAGGCCGAACACAGAGCCCAGUGGCUCCUCCUGGGGGCCUUCUGCAGACCCCUGGUCUCCUGUUCCCUCAGGAAGCACCCUGUCCAGAAGCCAGCCCUGGGACUUGCCCCCUAUGCUCUCCUCCUCUGAGCCCUGGGGCCGGACCCCAGUGUUGCCCGCCAGACCCCCUUCCACCGACCUCUGGGCACAGAACUCCCCCCAACACAAACUCCCCAACACUGGGGCUGACCCUUGGGGGACCUCAGUGGAGAUCUCCAGUGCACCUGCUCUAGGUGGUACCUCACCCUUUGACCCAUUUGCCAAACCUCCAGUAUCCACAGAGACCAAGGAGGGGCCAGAGUGUGCCCAGGCCCUGCCCUCUGGGAAGCCUGGCAGUCCCGUGGAGCUGGACCUGUUUGGAGACCCCAUCCCCAGUUCCAAGCAAAAUGGCACCAAGGAACCAGAUGCCUUUGACCUGGCUGUACUGGGGGAGACGCUAACCCAGCCCAGCCAGGAGGCCCGAGCAUGCCGGACUCCAGAGUCUUUUCUGGGCCCUUCAGCCUCCUCUUUGGUCAACCUUGAUUCAUUAGUCAAGGCGCCCCAGGCUGCAAAGACCCGAAACCCCUUCCUGACAGGUCUCAGCGCUCCAUCCCCCACCAACCCCUUCGGUGCGGGCGAGCAGGGGAGGCCGACCCUGAACCAGAUGCGCACCGGAUCGCCGGCGCUGGGCUUGGCGGCCAGCGGGCCGGUUGGGGCGCCCUUGGGCUCCAUGACCUACAGCGCCUCCCUGCCCCUCCCGCUCAGCAGCGUGCCGGCCGGCGUGACCCUCCCCGCCUCGGUGAGCGUCUUCCCGCAGGCGGGCGCCUUCACGCCGCCGCCCGCGAGCCUGCCGCAGCCACUGCUGCCUACGUCGGGUUCCGCCGGGCCGCUCCAGCUACCCCCGCAGGCCGGCACCAACCCCUUCCUCUGAGCGCAGCCCCGCCCCACCCCCGCCUCCGCGACGCAGGCGCGCAAGCCCCCUCCACCCGCCGUGGGGGCGGGGCGGGGCUCUAGCCCCAGGACCCGCCCCAGGAAGCCCGGAACGGCUGAGACUCCGCCCCGCAGCCAGCGCAGGCGCAUCGUCCCGGCCUCCGCAGCCCCUCCGCCGCUCCGGGGGACCGAGACUGAAGACUUCCCGGGGCCAAAAGCACGCCCGCAUGGUGAAGACAGGCGCCCGUUUCCUCAGAUCCCACCCGGUGGACUUUUUGCGAGGCGUGGCGGCUGGGUCAGGACCACAGCGCGAAUCUCCGGCUGCCGUAGAAACGAGUGCUCCGCAGUGUGGGGCGCAAAAAUGCUCCCACUUUCCGUACAACCCCCACAGCCUGGCACCUUCGCUUCCAGAUGCUCCCCAGGCUCUCACUCAUGCUCUCGUUUCAUUCAUUUACCACAGAUCGGUACUGGGGAUGAUCUCAUGGCAGGGAACAAUAGGCAGGUGUUCCCAUUCUUUACGCACUCGUUCUGUGCUAAGCACUUUAGACAGAUUAUUUAAUUUAAUCCUUACAACAGGCGUCUGAGGUAGAUAAUGCUAUUCCCACUCAAGACUGGCUACAUCAUUUGUGGGGCCCGGUGCAAAAAUGAAGAGGCGGGGCCCUAGUUCCAAACUAAGAAUUUCAAAACGGGGGCAGCAGAGCAUUAAACCAAGUGCAUAGCCCUUGGUCUUGCUCUCAUUUUAUACAGGAGGAAACAGGCUCAGAGAGGUUAAGCGGCAUGCUCAAAGUCACAAAGCUAGCAAGGACUUGGGGCUGGGAUUCAGACCCUCUGGCUCCACAGCCCUGAGCUCCCAGGUUGGGCCCCAGGUUUCAUUUGCAAAUAUUGACCUGUUGUGAACAAAGUGCCGGGCUCACCUGGGAGGGAUCCAAGAAUUGCAAAGCGGCCUCCAGGAGCUCAGAACUCAGUGGGGAGACAGCCCCAGUACUGGAGCCCUGGUGUUUUACUGAGUCACCUAAAAUCUGGCUCUACCCUCUCCCACCUUCCUACAUUAGGGCAAGAAAUUCAAUCCCAGCCCUGCCGGAAAGCAUGGCCCCUCCCAGGGGUUUAUGUAAGGUCUGAGAAACCAAGGGAAGAAGGGGCAGGGCCUGGUACCUCGUCCAGAGGCCACCAUGGUCAUCCACCUUCUUUCUCCUCAAUGCUUUCCCACCACUGAACCACCUGACACUGACUUGUCCUCAGUGCUCAGGCUCUGGCCCUGCUACCAGCCGCCACUCCCUUUUCGGGUCACUGAGGUAAAACAGCCUUCCAUAGACCAGAAUCACCGAAGUGGAGGGCGGGGGGCUAGAAUGCUGCUCACUUUCUUAAGUGGAAGGGGGACUGGAGAAAGGAGCUACUUUUUUGUUUUUGUUUUUGUUUUUUGCUUUGUUGGGAGGGAGGCUGUGACUGUUACAGGCAGGAUGGACAAGAGCACCUGCUUAGAGGAGUCAGACCAACAGAGUUCAAAACUCUGCUCCAAGAUUUGCACUUAACAAUAAUAAUCACUUUGUAAUAAGUGGUUAUGCUCCCUGACCUUGAGUAAAUUACUUAACCUCUCUAUGA